UCUAGCUAAGGCUCCAAUAUGUAUGUUUUUUUUGUUGCAUGCAGACAAGGCUAAGGGCUUACAAAUUAACCUGUCUGAAGCCUUGCAAGGUAAACUGGUCGCAUACGAUACAGAUGGCGAUGGUGAUUUUGAUGUCGAGGAUGCUAAAGUUCUGCUAGGGCUGAAAGAGAAGGCUGUGGUGAUAACCUCCCGUAGCGAAGAAGCUGCCGCCCCAGUGAAGAUUCCGGAAGCUGAAUCCGCCCCACCAGCUGUUUUUGAGCCUGAGCCUGUGGAUGUAGUUGAAGCUGCUGCCGCUAAGGACACCUCUGCACCUCCAGCAGAGCCUGAACCAGAGGAAGCACCCGAGGUGGAACCUGAACCCGAGGCGGAUCCUGAACCUGAGGCGGAUCCUGAACCAGAGGCUGAACCGGAACCCGAGGCUGAGGAGGUUAUUGAGGAAGAUCCAGAGGUGCUAGAGGAGGAGCUUCCUGCUGUGGAAGAGGAGGCCCCUGUGGAGGAGGCCCCUGGGGCUGAACUGGUGGAGGAGGUGGAAGAGAUGAUGGCAGACCAGCAAGAAGAGGAGGCAGCCGCUGAAGAGGAAACUGAAACAGAACCAGCUCGGGAGGAGGAGGAGGAGGAGGAGGAGGCCGUUGAAGAGGCUGUGGAGGAACCUGUGGCAGAGGUGGAGGCUGCAUUUGAAGACACCGAGGAAGAGGCUGCUGCUGAACAGGUGGCAUCAGAAGUUGAAGAGGAAGCUGUUGAGGAGCCUGCUGAAGAAUAUGAAGCUGCUGAAGAAGAUGAAGCUGCUGAAGAGCCCGCUGAGGAAGAUGCAGCACCUUUAGAGGAGUCUGCAGAAGAAGCUGUUGAGGAUUUAGCCAAGGAAGAGGAGGCAGCACCUACAGAGGAAGAGGAGGCAGCACCUACAGAAGAAGAGGAGGCAGCACCUACAGAGGAAGAGGAGGCAGCACCUACAGAGGAAGAGGAGGCAGCACCUACUGAGGAAGAGGAGGCAGCACCUCUAGAAGAAGCUGUUGAAGAGGAGGCAGCACCAUCAGAAGAAGUUGUGGAAGAAGAGGAAGAGGAGGCAGCCCCCUCAGAAGAAGCUGUGGAGGAAGAGGACGCAGCCCCUUCAGAAGAAGAGGCGGAGGAAGAGGAGGCCGACACAGAGGCAGCUCCAGAAGAAGUAGAAGAGGAGCAAACAGAGCCAGAGGCAGAAGAAGAAGCACAGGAAGUAGAGGAGGAGGAAGCAGCAGCAGCAGCAGCAGCAGCAGCAGCAGCAGCAGCAGCAGCAGCAGCAGAAGAAGCAGCUGUGUUUGAGACAGAGGAACAGAUCCAGGAUGAGCCCAUCGAAACGUAGAGCCUGCCGUGGUCGUCGUGGUGACGGAGAAGGGACCCACUGACCUUGCGUCAGCACCGUCUGAGUGCGAUGAUGCACCUCGCCACCUCCAGAGAAACAAUUGAGUGGUCAUGACAACACUCUCCCCAUCCCUAUGUUUUCACACCUUCCAUAAACUUUCCUUUUGCUGUUCAUUUGUGAUGAUCUAUGAAUUGUUCCCUGAUCUGGUACUCCUGAUUUACCCUUCUUUUCUUUUGAAUCAACAUUUGUUUUUCUUUCAGUAGAUAGUCCAUUUCUUUGUUGUCAGGGGGGGUUCAGUUCAGUGUGAACUCAGCUCCAUCUGAAGUCUGCAGAGUCCAAUCUGUAGAGCGGGAACUUUAUUUUGAAGUCUCAGUGAUGUAGUCUGGCUUCCUGCAUCGGAAUUCUGUUGCCCAGUAACUGAGGCUGCAGCUGAGCCGGUGUUUAGCAGUCAGACUGAGCGAGCUCUCCGCAGUCAGCUGUUUGACAUAGCAGGGUCAAAUGUGAAUCUCUCCUCUGGUUCUGAACGCUGCAGCUUCCUCUGUUGCAGUGCUGAUCAGAGAACAUUCCACUCAGCUGUGUUUAGUACUGCUCAGUGUUUCUAUGCAAAGCUGUGGUGGUGUCUGUCCCCCCCUCCCCCCAGCCGUUUAUUUACCACUCAGUAUGUGUUGAAUCCAGGAUGAGCCGUGUGCUAGCAUGUGAAGAGAGCGUGUGUGUUAGUGUGUGUGUGUGUGUGUGUGUGAGCAUGUCCUUGUGUGUUGGCAAGUCUCUUUUACUAGUCAGACCUUUGUGUGAGCCGUUCGUGUCAUGAAGUCGUUUUUGAGAGCUGUAAACUUUUUCUUCUGGUGGGUUGUACAUCUCCCUUUACCUCUCUGUGUGUCUGAGUUCUGUCGAAUCCUAGCUAUUUCUUUUUUCUUAUUUCCAGAUAUGAGUACCAAGACCAUCUAACUAGACUAAAAGAUAAUCUGUUUGAAUACUUUCUAAUUAAUAUUGAGCUAUUUAGGUUUAAACUGUGAUGUUAAGAAUGGAUGUGUCCACGGAUGUACAGGAGCGUGACAUGAAACGGGUAACCCUGUGUGAUCUGGCCUCCUGUGUGAAGGCCCUACAGCUCACACAGGGUUACAUGGAUCAGACGUCAUGUUCCUGUCAGCCAACCCCAGCUGACGGUUAAUGACCCAGCCCUUUGUUUUCAUCCUCAGUGGCUGGUGUUCAGCUCAAAGGGAAACUUUCUUUAAUCCCUGUUGUCCUUUCCUUUGUGAGGUCAGAAUUUGUUUCAUUGAUCCAUGGUAGUAGAAGAUCACAGAUCAAAACUUCCUCUUGCAUCAUCGUAUAGCAGAAGUGUUUUGAAGCUGCUUGAGUGUUGGCACCUUACUGUCCUCAGGGAGGGGUCUGUCUGCAGGUAAAGCUCCUGUUAUAUCACAGCAGGUAUGAUCUGGACACUAACAAUGGGUGCAGCACUGUGGAAACAAAACACAUUUCUGUAGUGAUACUGACAAUAAACAAUAUGUAGAUCAACAUUUACAGUAAAAAAAUGUAAACACUUCUGUGAAAAAGAUACGCCGGGUAAAACAUACUUCUUAUAUUUUGUUCUCCUAUCAGGGUGUCGCCUUCCCACGUUAUUUGUGCUCCUGACUCGUGACACCAGAUUGUUUGUCUGGUGUGCAGAAGUGUUUUUUGUAGAAUGUCUUGCCCACUAGCUGGUCUUUUCUACUUCCUGACACUUUGUAAGUCAAUGUGAACUGUAAAACCUUUUUAACAUUAAAGAUUACAAUCUUUACCAAGAGAGAGCUUCUAGAUUUUUAAAAGGAACAUUUUUUUAAAAGGACAUGGAGAAAUAAAAUAAAAAAAAGUUUUUUUCUGAAAAUGCUUUAAAAGCUUUUUGUAAAGCCAUACGCUAUUUUGUGACGGGUUAAAGGAGCUGUGCUACUUCAAUAACAAAAACAAAAUCCACACUACAGCAACCUGGUGAAAGAGGGUGAUCAUGUGAGAUCAGCAGGGAAGGCUUGUGAUGACAGCGCUGCUCCCAGACAGUGUUGAAGCUCCACCACAGGUAGACAGUAGACAGGCUGCUGCUGGUUAAACUGCCCCUCUUCGCCUCACUGUCUCAGCACAUGUUCUGUACACACUGAUGACAGUGAAUAAAUUAUUAUGAAGUAAUGAUGGAUUGUCAGUUUUCUGUAACUGAUCUGUUGCUUUAAUAAAAGGUUUGGGACAACUCA